GUCAGUCCGGAAGGCUGGGCCCGCCCACCCCACCUCGGUCUCGGGCUCUCUUCCUGCGCAGUUCUUCGCAGCCUCCGCGGGGAAGUGCCGGGGCCGCUCCCGAGGCUCAGUGGGCAGGACCGCGAGAAGGCAGCCCCGGCGAGCGGCCGUGCGCACCGUCUGGAGUGGCCGGGGAGCGGGGGCGCGGCGUCCUCUUGCCCGAGCAGGAGCACCCUUCGGGCCAGCAGUUGCCGCCACCCCGACUUUCGUUCCAGUUGAAGCUCCUCCCGGGCAACAUGUCAAAAGCCGCCACCGCUACAGCUGCCGCCGCCACCUGGGGAAGAGCGGCAGCGGCGGCGGCGGCGGCGGCGGCCGCGGGCGCGCGGGGGCAAUAAACCGACCCGCCCGGGAGUCCUGCGGGCCAGGGAACCCCCUCCGCGCUCACAGCUCCGGCGGGCCCCGCGCCAUGUGCUGAGCCAUGUCCCUCGCCGCGCCCCCGGGCUGCGCAUGGGGCAGCGCCUGAGCGGCGGCCGAUCCUGCCUCGAUGUCCCCGGCCGGCUCCUGCCGCAGCCGCCGCCGUCCCCGCCACCGGUGAGGAGGAAGCUCGCGCUGCUCUUCGCCAUGCUCUGCAUCUGGCUCUACAUGUUCCUGUACUCGUGCGCCGGCUCGUGCGCCGCCGCGCCCGGGCUGCUGCUGCUGGGCUCGGGGUCCCGCGCCGCCCACGCCCCGCCGGCCCCGGCUCCGGGUCCCGACGGGACUACCCCCAGGCUGCCGUUCCAGGCGGCGCCGGCCACCCCGCUGGCUGCGGGCAGGGAGCCGGCCGAGGGCGCCGCGAGCCAGGAGGAGCAGAGUCCCGAGACGCCGGACUCCCCCAGCCCCAUCUCCAGCUUCUUCAGUGGGUCCGGGAGCAAGCAGCUGCCGCAGGCCAUCAUCAUCGGCGUGAAGAAGGGCGGCACGCGGGCGCUGCUCGAGUUCCUGCGCGUGCACCCCGACGUGCGCGCCGUGGGCGCCGAGCCCCAUUUCUUCGAUCGCAGCUACGACAAGGGCCUCGCCUGGUACCGGGACCUGAUGCCGAGGACCCUGGACGGGCAGAUCACCAUGGAGAAGACGCCCAGCUACUUCGUGACCCGCGAGGCGCCCGCGCGCAUCUCGGCCAUGUCCAAGGACACCAAGCUCAUCGUGGUGGUGCGCGACCCGGUGACCCGGGCCAUCUCGGACUACACGCAGACGCUGUCCAAGCGGCCCGACAUCCCCACCUUCGAGAGCCUGACGUUCAAGAACCGCACGACGGGCCUCAUCGACACGUCGUGGAGCGCCAUCCGGAUCGGCAUCUACGCCAAGCACCUGGAGCACUGGCUGCGCCACUUUCCCAUCGGCCAGAUGCUCUUCGUGAGCGGGGAGCGGCUCAUCAGCGACCCGGCCGGCGAGCUGGGCCGCGUGCAGGACUUCCUGGGCCUCAAGAGGAUCAUCACCGACAAGCACUUCUACUUCAACGAGACCAAGGGCUUCCCCUGCCUCAAGAAGGCCGAGGGCAGCAGCAAGCCCCACUGCCUGGGCAAGACCAAGGGCAGGACCCACCCGGAGAUCGACCGCGAGGUGGUGCGCCUGCUGCGCGACUUCUACCGGCCCUUCAACUUGAAGUUCUACCAGAUGACCGGCCAGGACUUCGGCUGGGACUGACGGGACCCCCCCCUCCCCCCCACUCCGCCGCGCGAUGUGACUUUCCCACUUGGCUUCUAUGUUGAGAGAGAUUAUAUGUAUGUAAAAUGUACAGAAAUCUAUUUUAUAAUAAUUUAUUUUUAAUUCGUAAGCAAUUAAUUCACUAAGCUGCCUGGCCACACUCUUCAGAGGGUUUAGCUUCGUAACCCGUUCACAUUCCAAAGCGUCUCAUCGGUUCUUUUCCUCACAGUUGAUGGUGCUUCCGUGUGUCCCCCCCCACCCCCCCUCCCCCAUUCUAUUUAAAAAGAAGAAAAGCACAA